AUUAACAAAGUACCGCAAUUUUGAUCUCAAUAAGAUAAGCUGGAGCAAAAAUGGCGUCCGAUAGUGCAGAUAGUGCACACUUUGUGUAGCUAUCUAUACUAAGUGAAAUUUUUCUAACCUUGAUCCUGGUCUGUCCUGUGUCCUGUUGUGUGUGAGGUGAAGAAAUUCCUUCUGUUGCGCAAAAAAAGAAUAUCAAAUAAAAUAUCGAAAAUGCCAGGUUGUUGCGUGGAGAAAUGCUGCAAUCGUAGCGAAAAAGGCUACAGAUUAUUUAUCUUGCCAACAGGCGAAAAAAAUAGUGAAAGACGUGAAGAAUGGCUGCAAUUGAUUGGAAAAAACACAUUGGGAAAAAGGGCAGCGAUUUGUGAGGUGCAUUUCGGCGAGGACCAAUUUGAGAAAAAUCGAAAAGAUGGACGAAAACUACUUCGCCCAUUUGCAGUACCAAAUUUAUUAUAUAACACAAACAAUGAAGAGGAAGAUAAUUCAGAAAAAGCAAAAUCUUCUAAUGUCAUUGAUGUCAAAGAUAUAGUUUUACAUAAUGAAAUAAUACUUAGAUAUAAGGAAGAUGAAAACAAUGCGAAUAAUAUAAAUGAAAAUAGUAAUGUCAAUUUCUGUGGUAAUGUCAAUGAUGACAAUAAAACAGAUAUAUCAAGACAUCCUGAAACAACUGAUGUAGAAAUAUUUAAAAAAAAUGAAUCAAAUCAUAACAUCUACGAUGAACAAUAUGUGACAAAUUUAAAGAAAACUUUGACAAAGAUUCAGAUGCAAUGUAAUAUUUGGAAAAGAAAAUUGCGAAAAUCAAAUGCGAUACUUAAAAUAGCGAGAACAUUUAAGAAAACUUUGGGAAAGACCAAGAUGAAAUGUAAUAUUUUGAAAAAAAGAUUGCGAAAAUCAAAUGCGAUACUUGAAACAGUAUUCAACAAAGAUCAAAGAAACUUUAUGAUAUAUAACACACAGAAAGGAACAUCAUGGUCUGCAGAUACAAUUACCAAAGCAUUGAAACUUUAUGUGGCCUGUGGACAGAAAGGAUAUGAAGAGGUGCGCCGACAGAAUUUGCCUUAUCCAAGCAUUCGUACACUGCAACAUCGCAUACAAGGCUUAAAAUUUAAGCCAGGUAUUUUUGAAGAUAUCUUCCAUUUGUUAAAAAUUAAAAUACAAAUGUUCAAUUCUGAAGAGAAACAUGCUGUACUUUUAAUAGAUGAAAUCAAUCAAACCUGAUUUGCAGUAUGACAAUUCAGUUGCUUUAGUUGUUGGUCGACCUACAAUGAAACUGUCAGGUGGAUUUGAUAGCUUUGAUAAAUUAGCUAUGCAUAGUCUUGUUUUUAUGUUGUGUGGCAUUUCCACUAAAUGGAAGCAGACUAUUGGCUACGAAUUGACAACAAAUUCAUUCUGUUCACAAGAAAUGUUCCAGAAAAUUAUAGCAAUAAUUCAAAACACAUGAUAUUAGAUUAAUAAUAAAAGUAAUAAUUUCCGACAUGGGACCACAAAAUAGGAGUUGGUGGCACAUUAUGAAUAUAACAGCUGAUAAAUUUAGUAAAAUCAAUAAUUCUAUUGAACAUCCAUGUAAUAAUCGAGAUAGAUUGUUUGUUAUGCCAGAAUCCGUUCACGUUUUCAAAAAUGUUGCGUGCUCAUUAACAUCAAGUGUCAAAUUGUAUUUGAACAAAACUUCAAUUAAAAAGUAUAGCUUACCAUGUAAUGAAAUUUCUAUUAUACCUAUUCGCGAAGUAUUUAACUUAGACCAAAAAGAUACACUGAAACUAUGUUCACAUCUUAAAGAAAAAACCAUAAAUCCAUCCCAUUUUGACAAAAUGAAUGUGGCCUUAAGUGUAGGCUUAUUAAAUAACAAUGUUGCUGCUGCUAUAUCAUAUAGCCAA